AUGGAUGAUCUCCCGGAUGAAAUUGUGCAAUGCAUUCUUGCAUGGACGACACCUGCGUCAACUGUGGCAUUAGGGCAAACAUCUUGGAGGUAUUGGGCUAUCACUAAUAGUCCUCUACUUUGGCGGCUAUACUGCCUAAAUCAUUUUAUUUACUGGGGCAAUUGCCAUCGUUUUCAGCAGAAGCUUAACUUACCAGUUUCCCAGGUUGAUUGGAAAGGCCUUUACAAAAGGAGACAUCUGGUAGAUAUUGCUGUCACCGAUAUUUUAGAGAGUGUCCUUGCUACUCAAACCGGCCGCAUUGAAAAAGUCCAUAAGAUUGUUAGCUUUGGAUAUGACGCCAAGGACACACUCAUGCGCCAUGCGCAGAUUGGGUCAGAUCAUGAAGAUUAUUUGGCCCGGCGUAAUGCUAUCUUGGGCUGUCUUCAUCGAACCAUAGCAAUACUCGAAUGGAGUCGAUUGAAAAAAGGCGAAGAGGUGCCGCUUGAAAUUGCAAUCGGUGCUUUUGAUAUGUUUACACUUGAAACAGGAACGGGCGAUCUAGAAGACAUAUCAUAUAAAUUAGAUAACAUUGUCUCCGUCAUUAAGGCUGAUUGUGGUACUAUUUCCGAGCUUACCCCUCGACAGAAAGCCGUUAAAGUCGCCGAAUACCUGCGACAGAAAAACUUAACCGGAAUUGACACAAGAAGUGAAUACUACAAUGUUGAACAUAAUUUCUUGGGAAUCGCGUUGGGUUUGAAUGCUCACCCUUGUGGCUUUCCUUUUCACGUUCAUGUCAUCCUCCGGCCAGAGACUGGAUAUGAUAUGGAUGACAAACGCCUUGAAAACGGUGAACCCGAGGCUCCCAUGUACAUGGACCCCUUUCGCUCAGCCCAAGAAAUAUCCAUUGCGGACCUAGAAAGUCAGUUGAACUUUUUGGGGGCUUUGACUUUGUCUCAUUCGACAUUCCUUCGAGAAUCAUUAACUAGCGAGAUCGUUUUGCGCUGUGGCAAAAAUAUUCUCAACUCCGUGACACAAAGCCCAGGCUUUAGUGACACCUCGCUUGAUAUUGCCAGCGUCGAAUAUGCAGCUCUUUGGGCAUCAGUACUUUUUGCGGAUUCUGCGACUAUGGAACGACCUCGGACAGGUCCGGCUCAAGGGUUGAGGCAUUAUCUACCGUCGCUAAUGGAACAUUUUGCCACAAAUUUUCCCUUUGAUGUCUACCUCAUCGACAAAUUCUUGGUCCCGCUUUUCAGUAGCCUUCCAGAAUACGAUCAUCUCAGAGAAAGUAUCCACGUCAUGAAAACGGGCGAUGAGAUACCGAAGCAAAUCCAAAGAAGGGGUCCGGAUCAUUCUAAUGUGAAAUACCGAGUGGGUCAGAUAUUCCGCCAUCGUAGGUUAGGCUUGUUGGUCGAAGACAAAAGCGCUCGAUAUGUUGCUGAGGAAAACAUUGAGUCCGUUGUUGAUAUUUCACAAAUUUCUCCGCAGUUUCUCAAAUCACUUGGAAGGUACUUCAAGCGAUGGGAUCCCAGAACCCGAAUGUUUGUGAGCAAUAUACGGGACGAAUACCCCGAUGACUAG